AGCAAGAGGAGGUGACCAGAAAGCACAAGCAGGGAAGAUCUAUUCAUAAAACAAGCACAACCAUUUCCAUGUACAAGGACUAAAAUAUCAAGCUCCUUCUGAUUCCUGGUGAGGGUUUACCCUUCCUAGACCAGGCUGCUGUGAUUUUUUGUAGCCUUUUUCUCAUCAAAUGGCAUCCAGUUGUUCUCUGUGUGUGUUGUGUGCUGCUGGCUGAGAUGUUCCUGCAGCUCUGAGCAAGGUGCAAGGAUUUGGCCCAUGAGAGAGCACCCAGGACUGUGGCAGACCGUGGCUAGGAGUGGAGCUCACCUCUUCCAGUGAGGUGUUGGUUGUGUAAGGAGCAGAGCCAGAGAUGGAUGACUGCCUGGAGACCCUGAAAGAUGAGGAGGAGGCUUUGUGGGAGAACGUGGAGUGCAACCGGCACAUGCUGAGCCGCUACAUCAACCCAGCCAAACUGACCCCCUACCUACGGCAGUGCAAAGUCAUCGACGAGCAGGAUGAGGAUGAGGUGCUCAACUCACUCAUGCUGCCCUCCAAAAUUAACAGAGCAGGCCGACUGCUGGACAUCCUCCACACCAAGGGCCAGAGGGGCUACGUGGUGUUCUUAGAGAGCCUGGAGUUUUACUACCCUGAACUGUACAAACUGGUGACAGGGAAAGAGCCUACACGGAGAUUUUCCACUAUUGUUGUGGAGGAGGGACAUGAAGGCCUUACCCAUUUCCUAAUGAAUGAGAUCAUCAAGCUCCAGCAGCAGGUGAAGACAAAAGACGUGCAGCGCUGUGAGCUCCUGGCCAAGUCCCGCCAGCUGGAGGAUGAGAGAAAGCAGCUAAAGCUGAACAAGAUAGAGCUGCUGACCUUCCAGGAGAGAUACAACAAGAUGAAGGAGGAGAGGAAUAACUACAACGAUGAGCUGGUCAAGGUGAAAGAUGAGAACUACAAUCUGGCCAUGAGAUAUGCCCAGCUGAGUGACGAGAAGAGCAUGGCUGUGAUAAGGAGCCGGGACCUGCAGCUGGAGAUUGACCAGCUGAAGCAUCGCUUGAACAAGGUGGAAGAGGAGUGCAAGCUGGAGAGGAACCAGUCCUUGAAGCUGAAAAAUGACAUUGAAAACCGACCCAAAAAGGAACAGGUUCUGGAGCUGGAGCGGGAAAAUGAGAUGAUGAAGACUAAAAUCCAGGAGUUACAGUCCAUCAUUCAGGCUGACAAGAGGGGUUUGCCAGAUUCAGACAAGGCCAUUUUGGAUAUUCUGGAACACGACCGUAAGGAGGCACUGGAGGAUCGCCAUGAGCUGGUCAACAAGAUCUUCAAUCUCCAAGAGGAGAUUCGUCAUGUGGAGGACUUGAGAGACAAGUAUCUUGAGGAGAAAGAAGAUUUGGAGUUAAAGUGCUCAACACUAGGAAAAGACUGUGAGAUGUACAAGCACCGCAUGAACACUGUGAUGAUACAGCUGGAAGAGGUGGAAAAGGAACGGGAUCAGGCGUUCCGCUCGCGCGACGAGGCGCAGACGCAGUACUCGCACUGUCUGAUUGAGAAGGACAAGUACAGGAAGCAGAUCCGGGAGCUGGAGGAGAGGAACGACGAGCUGCGGAUCGAGGUGGUGCGCAAGGAAGCGUGCAUCGUCAACCUGGAGUGCAAACUGCGGCGCCUCUCCAAGGACAGCAACUUCCUCGACCAGAGUUUGCCGCGGAAUCUCCCCAUUACCGUUAUCUCCCAGGCCUUUGGGAGCUCUGGCCCAAAAGCCAAUGGUCAGGAAGCCGAUGACUCCUCCACUUCUGAGGACUCUCCAGAAGACAACAAAUUCUUCUUGCCUGAUCAAGUUCGUCUCAAGAGAAGAGUGAACCUAAAGGGGAUCCAGAUAAGUCCAAGAGCUAAAUCUCCUGUCAGCAUGAACAAAACAUCAGAGUUUCAAGCAGCCAGAGCACAGGAUGAGGACGGGGCCGAGGGCAGCACCGGCCGCACGGACACGAGCUCCUCUGUGUCCAUCAGCAACUCCAUCAGCAGCUGUGAAGUCACCAAGAUCCAAACCCUGCGGAACCGCAACGACAGCAUCAUGUCCACCACCCCCGAGCCUCCGGGCAACGACUCCAUCGUGCGGCGCUGCAAGGAGGACACCCCUCACUGCAGCCUGGUUGAAGAGGACAAUGACAGCUUUGGAUGUGAUGCUUUGGAGAUGGAUGAUGACAGCCACGACAGGCAUUCACAUGGAGCUCCUUCAGUGCACUCUUCCUCUUCUUCUCAUCAGUCAGAAGGCCUGGAUGCCUAUGAGCUUGAGCAUGUCAACUCCAUAUUUAGAAAGUUCUCUCUGGAAAGACCCUUCCGUCCCUCUGUCACGUCCGUGGGCCGCAUCAGGAGCUCGUGUCACACGGUCCAGCGCGUGACGCUCAACGGGGACAGCCUCAACUCAGAGAUCACCCUGCUCGGGGGCAAUGACAGAGGCAGCUUCGUCAGCUCUGUCAAGACAGGCUCCCUGGCAGAGAAAGCUGGCCUUCGGGAGGGACACCAGAUCCUCCUGUUGGAGGGCUGCAUUAAAGGGGAAAAUCAAAGUGUUCCUUUGGAUACUUGCACAAAGGAAGAAGUUCACUGGACAAUUCAGAGGUGCAGUGGUCCAGUAACACUCCAGUAUAAACCAAAUCAUGAAGGGUACCGCAAGCUGCUGUCGGAGCUGGAGGAGGGGCUCAUCACCUCGGGGGACUCGUUUCACAUCCGCCUCAACCUGAACAUCUCCAGCCAGCUGGACUGCUGCUCCCUGUCGGUGAAAUGUGAUGAGAUCGUCCACAUUCUGGACACCAUGUACCAGGGCAGGUGUGAGUGGCUGUGUGCCAGGGUGGAUCCCUUCACUGACAGGGACCUGGAGAUGGGGACCAUUCCCAGCUACAGCAGAGCCCAGCAACUCCUUUUGGUGAAGCUGCAGCGGUUGAUGCACAGAGGAAGCAAAGAUGAGACAGAAAACUCCUACAACACCCUUCGGGCCCUGCGGAAUACAUUGCAGCCAGAGGAGCCUGCCCUGCAGAACGACCCCAAAACCAGCCCUCGCCUAUCCAGAGCAAGCUUUCUUUUGGGCCAGAUUUUACAGUUUGUCAGUAGGUCUGAGAACAAAUACAAACGAAUGAACAGCAACGAGCGGGUCCGCAUCGUCACGGGCUGGCCCUCGGGCCUGGCACUGAGCUCUUCCGAAGGGAAGAAGCAGCUGCCUGAUAAACUGGAAGAUUUGGAUUCAGAGAGUGAACUGGACAAGAAGCUCAGUCUGAUCCCUUACAGCUUGGUGAGACCCAUCCACUGCGAGCGCAGGCGCCCCGUGCUGUUCACCCCCACCAUGCUGGCCAAGCCCUUGGUGCAGAAGCUUCUCAACUCUGGAGGUGCCCUGGAAUUCAACAUAUGCAAGCCAGAUAUUGUAACAAAGGAAGAGUUCUUAAGGAAGCAAAGGACAGAGACUGUCAUCUUCAGCAGAGAAAAGAAUCUGAACACAUACGAGUGUAUUGUACCUGCCAACAUCGAGGCUGUUACUGCCAAGAACAAGCAUUGUCUCCUGGAAGCUGGAAUAAGCUGCACGAAGGAUUUAAUCAAAGCCAAGAUAUAUCCUAUUGUUCUCUUUAUAAGAGUCUCAGAGAAAAACAUCAAGAGGUUCAGGAAACUGCUACCAAAGCCAGAGACUGAGGAUGAGUUUUUACGGAUGUGCCGCCUGAAGGAGAAAGAACUGGAAGCACUGCCCUGCCUUUAUGCCUCUGUGGAGGCAGAGGCUUGGAGCAGCAUCGAGGAUCUUAUCCGGACCAUAAAGGACAGGAUCGGGGAAGAGCAGCGGAAAACCAUCUGGGUAGAUGAGGAUCAGCUAUAAAAGCCCUCAGGAACACGGAGCUCUUUGGUGAGGAAAGGACACGUCCAGGUGGAGCAGGCCUUCUCAGAAUUCCUGGUUAGGUGCCCAGAGCUCACUCCUGUUUCACCCUUGCUGGCAGGGCACUCCCUGCUGGCAGGAUGCAUGUCUGGAACGGGACUGGAGCUGUGUUGAAGAGCCAGAGUCUCAGAUGCUGGGAUCCAGGCUGUGGGGCCACCACCACAAUUUCUGAUCCACUGGCAUUUCUUAAGGGACAGCACCUGUUUAACACAUGAGGACAAAGAUCUUGAGAGGGAGCUUGGGGUAAUUUAUUAUGUUCAAAAUAUGGAUCUCUUUGGUCUCAUUCAAAAUUUCUGAUGAGACCAAAUAAGUGGAAUCUGAAAGGGAUAAGGCAUGGGCAUGGGGUGCAGGAUGUGGAGUUGAGAUGUGCCCCACACCCCCCUGAGGUGAUACCCAGCUGAGGAAGCUGAAGGCUGGUUGGGAGCAGCACAACACAACUGCUGAUGGCCAGAGCAGCCCUGUAGCCCUGGCUCUCCACAACCAUUUUCAGCCAUUUUAAUCAAAAGAGAAGAAAAUAGCUAUUCCUCCUGGCAUUAACUAAAAUGAAAAUUUUCUCUUCCCUUUGAAACUCCAGUUUUAUUUAACAGUUUUGCAGGUUUCCUUUGUAGUCCUGGCGCUUACAGGAAAACAGACUUCACUGUCCCAGUGGCACAUCAGAUCUUUCCACAUCUGCCAACAUUUCAUUUAGUUUAUCCCUGCCUCUGCACUGUGUUCAUUUGUACAUCUCUCAGUUUUUAACAUUUUUUUACUCAUGGAAAAUACCACGGUGCUUUCUUCGGACAACAAGUUUUUUCUGUUUCUUCACUGAAAUAUUUCUCUGCAACAUCAUUGCCUGCCAACAUGCCGACUCUCAACAGGAGGAACUAUUCUUAGAAGAAGAAAAGAAGAAUUUCAUAAGCCAGUAAUUGCUGUGAACCACUCAGUCCUUGACCUGUGUGCCAUGAGUGACAGUGAGGAGCCCUGCGGGCACCACGCUGAGCUGUGGCCAAGUGGGAUAAUGCUUCCAGAAGUGUGUGUAGGGCUGAGGAGACCAUGUCCCAUUUUCAAAAGCACUUAAGUCCUCAGAGAGUUUAAGUUCCACUGCUCAUGAGUGUGACUUAUACUCCUAAAUCUCUUCAGGCUUUGAAAUCUUUCCUCUCGACAUUAGAUGCUGUACUGAGAUUGCCAAAUUGAUCCAAUAAAACUGACCCCAUAAUAAUGACUCGUGCAAUUGCUGAUCUGAAAUGCAAUAAAAAUUGACCUACAGAUGAAGAGUGGUCCAUCCCAUUGUCCUUAGAUCCUUCAUUCCUUGCCACAUCCCUCCCUUUAAGAUGCAUUUAAUAACAAAUUUUCUUUUCUUCUGCAUUCAUCUUCAGUCCCCCAUCUCGGUGCUGUGGGCUGAUGAACAGUAGCAGGCAAUAAAAAAACAAUCAGAAUCUAAACAGAA